AUGAGGUUGGGACUCGCCCAGAGACUCACAUACGUCUCCCUCCUCUCCUCCGUAUCCACGGUCGUUGUCGGGAUCCAGCCACCCGUGCCUCUCCAAGAUGGAGAGACGCCUCCAGAUCCGUACAAUCGGUGCGGCCUCGACAGCGUAAGCCCGGGACGCUGCCCUCCUCAUAAAUGCUGCUCCGAGGCGGGCUAUUGCGGCGACUCGAAAGACUACUGCAAAGGAUCACAAUGCCAGCUCGAGUAUAGCGAUUCUUGCGAUACCUUCUUUGCUCCAAAGGGGGCAGACACGGACAGGAUCCCUCGGCCCUUGAUCGGCAACGUCCCGUAUGGCGCCAUCAUCGACCAGUGCAGGCCGGGGACCAUGGCCCUCACCUAUGACGAUGGCCCGGGGGAAUACACCAGCCAGCUGCUCGAUCUCUUGGACGAGCUCAAAGUCAAGGCCACCUUCUUCAUCACGGGAAAUGGAAACGGAAAGGGCCACAUUGACGAGGAGAGCAGCGGCUAUCCCCAAGUGCUGAGGCGAAUGCACGGCGCAGGGCACCAGCUGGGAAGCCACACGUGGACUCACCGGUCUUUGGACGCGCUGCUCAUGUUUGAGCGGCACGAGAACCGCGACCUCGGCCCGGCGGUUCGCAGGACGGAAGUCAUGUUCAACGAAAUGGCUUUUCGAAACAUCCUCGGCUUCUUCCCGACGUACUUUCGGCCGCCGUAUCUGGACUGCGGCAGCUCAUGCCGCGCCUUUCUUGAGGAAUACGGAUACCAUAUAAUCUCGGCGAACAGCGACACCAAGGACUACGAAAACGACGACCCGGCCCUCAUCGCCAACUCCAGGGCCAGGUUCAGCGACGCCGUGGGCCGGGACGCGAAUGCCCAGGGGUACAUUGUGCUGGCGCACGACGUGCACUAUCAGAGCGUGGCCAACCUCACGGCAUACAUGGUCAACGAGGCGCGGAACCGGGGCUACGAGCUCCUGACGGUGGGCGAGUGUCUUGGCGAUCCGAAAGAGAACUGGUACCGCAAGGCGUGA